AUGAACAAGCAGCUUUCUUCUCUGCACGCCUUGGCGCAACGACAAGAGGCCGCCCGAACCCAGCAGGCCAAGGCCUUUCUGGGGAUGGAGCACAACCCCAAGAUGGCCGGCCUCGUGAGUCGGCCCUCGCUCGGGUGCAUGUACCGACCGGGCAUCGUCGACGCCCCCGUCCUGCGCUCCUACAACCGCAUGAUGGGCCUCGUCGUCGGCUCCGCUGCCGCCGCCGGCCUCCUCGUGUUCGGCCUCACCCGCAUCACCGCCGCACGAACGCCCCAGCCCAGGCAGUAA